AUGGCAGUCAGCAUGCAGAACGGAGGAGCGAGACGACUACUUGAUUUCAACACGAACCUAGAUGUGCCACUUCUCGAACAGGUUGUACACUGUCUGCACCACGAUGCAGGACCAAACCACAAAGAAGCGCACGAAAUCCUAAACCAGCUCAAGGACCACCCCGACAGUUGGCAACGCGUCGACAAAAUUCUCCAGACCUCCACCUCCCAACAGACAAAGUUCUACGGCCUUCAAAUCCUCGAAUCAGUCAUCAAAACACGAUGGAAGGUCCUCCCUCGAAACCAGUGCGAAGGGAUUAAAGAUUUCAUCGUUGAGCUCGUUAUCGGAAUCAGCUCCGAUGCGAAAAAGGCCGAAGACGAAAAAGUCUACUUGAACAAAUUGAACAUGAUCCUCGUUCAAGUGCUGAAACAAGAAUGGCCCCAGAACUGGCCAAGUUUCAUAUCAGAUAUUUGCGGUGCUUCCAAAUCAAGCGAAAGCUUGUGCACCAACAACAUGGUGAUCCUCAAGCUGCUCUCGGAAGAGGUCUUCGACUACUCCGCCGGCCAAAUGACCCAGGCCAAGAUCCAACAUUUGAAGCGAUCGAUGUCAACUGAGUUCUCACAAGUGUUCGAGCUCUGUAUGUUCGUACUGAACAACACUAAUAAUUCCUUAUUACUGGAUGCGACGCUAAACACGCUGUUACGCUUCUGCUCCUGGAUUCCGAUGGGGUUCUUGAUGAAGACAGACGUGUGCAAGCUAUUGAUCAUGCGCUUCCUGAACGUGCCCGACUUCCGCAACGUAUCGCUCAAGUGCUUGACUGAAAUCGCGGGCAUCACUGGCGAGAGCGCGAAAGAAUACGAAACUGAGUACGUCGAGUUGUACCAGGCGACGAUUACUGAGCUCAAGAAGAUGCUCCCGGUCGAUAUUGAUCUUAAAAAAGCGUACAAGGAGGGCAAGGACUCGCAGCAAGCGUUCAUCCAGAACCUGGCGCUCUUCCUGGAGACGUAUUUGAAGAACUACGCCGAGCUGGCGGAACGUAGCUGCAAGGCCGAGCUCCUAGACGGCAUCCGCUACCUCGUCAAGAUCUCCGAAGUCGAAGAAACCGAAGUCUUCAAAGUCUGCCUCGAGUUCUGGCACUCACUCAGCGGCGAUCUCUACAAAGAAGCGCCCUCGAAUCAGCAAAUCUACCAUCAAGGCCUUCUCGGCUUCAACAACACUCCCGAUGUCCCGCCACGGCGCCAAUUCUACCUUCCGGUGCUCACAGAAGUGCGCAAAAUCAUGAUCUCCCGAAUGGCGAAGCCGGAAGAAGUCCUCGUCGUCGAAAAUGAAAACGGAGAAGUUGUUCGCGAACAGUUAAAGGACACCGACAGCAUCAACCUGUACAAAACAAUGCGUGAGACGCUCGUGUACUUGACGCAUUUGGAUCACAAGGACACCGAAGCAAUCAUGACCUCGAAGCUGGCCCGACAGGUCGAUCAAUCCGAGUGGUCGAGAAAGAAUCUCAACACGCUCUGCUGGGCCAUCGGUUCGAUUUCAGGCGCAAUGACCGAAGAUGCCGAGAAAAAGUUCCUCGUUCAAGUCAUCAAGGACUUGCUCGGUCUUUGCGAACAAAAACGAGGCAAAGACAACAAGGCGAUUAUUGCCUCGAAUAUCAUGUACGUUGUUGGCCAGUAUCCUCGCUUCCUCCGCGCGCACUGGAAGUUCCUGAAAACCGUCGUAAACAAGCUCUUUGAGUUUAUGCACGAAACGCACGAUGGUGUCCAGGACAUGGCUUGCGAUACCUUCAUCAAGAUCUCGCAAAAGUGCAAACGAUACUUUGUCCACAUCCAGAUGGGCGAGGUGAUGCCUUUCAUCGAGGAAAUCCUCAACGGUGUCAAUUCCAUUAUCUGCGACUUGCAGCCCCAGCAGAUUCAUACCUUUUACGAAGCCGUUGGAAUCAUGAUCAGCUCACAGCAGGACGCGGUUACUCAAGAGCGACUUAUUGAACAGUACAUGUUGCUGCCGAACGAGUCCUUUGACAGAUACAUCCAAGCUGCUACCAAGGAUGUUGCGUCUCUCCGAGAAUUUGAAGUCGUCAAGGAAAUCGUCAAUAUUCUGAGAACUAACGUCCGCGCCUGCAAGUCCCUCGGGCAUCAAUACAUUAUCCAACUUGCCCGAAUCUUCCUCGACAUUCUGAAUGUCUAUAAAGUACUCUCAGAAUCAAUUUCCUCCGCGAUUCUUCGAGGCGGCGAGCAGGUCACCAAGCAGCCUAUUAUCCGAGAGAUGAAGACUACAACCGAUACCAGACUUGUUUCUGAUAACUUUGUCGAACCUCUUCUCGACGCUGUUCUCCUUGAUUACCGAUCGAAUGUCCCGGCAGCUCGAGAACCUGAAGUUCUCUCGACAAUGGCCACAAUCGUCAAUCGUCUGGAGGGAAUGAUCACACCACAGAUUCCAAAGAUCCUCGACGCCGUGUUCGAGUGCACGCUCGAGAUGAUUAAUAAGAACUUCGAAGAGUUCCCAGAGCACAGGACGAACUUCUUCUUGCUCAUUCAAGCUAUAAACAAGGGAUGCUUCGGCGCUUUCCUCGAAAUCCCGCCUCAAAUGUUCAAGCUCAUUCUCGACUCAAUCGUCUGGGCUUUCAAACACACAAUGAGAAACGUCAAUGACACAGGCCUGGAUAUUAUGCUGCAGCUUUUGAAAAACGUCCAGUCCAGAGGCGCCCAAGGACAGGAGUUUUACAAAACUUAUCUUAUGGAAGUUAUCAGCCAGGUGUUUGGCGUGGUUACUGACACUACCCACAUUGCUGGCUUGCCGAUGCACUGCCAGAUCUUGUGCCACAUUCUGUUGUCGGUUGAGAACGGUCAUGUGUUCGUGCCUCUCUACCCCAACGAAACACGAGAAAAUGACGCCGAAUGGAUUCGAAACAACAAGGCGGAAAUCGUGCAAAAGAACGUCGAAUUCGUCCAGAACUACAUCGCAGAGCUGCUUCAAGAGCACUUCAAAACACUCCAAAUUUCUCAAAUCAAGGUCUUCGUGGAAGGCCUCUUCGCGAUGAACUCGGAUCUGGCGCUGUUCCGCGAGCACAUCCGAGACUUCCUGAUUCAAAUUCGCGAGUUCGCCGGCGAGAACACCUUCGACCUUUUCCUCGACCAGAAAGAAGAGGAGAUCCGACAGGCGGCCGAAGAGAAGCGCAAGCGUCAGAUGAACGUCCCCGGCGUGCUCAACCCCCACGAGCGCGAGGACAACAUGGAUGGCUGA